UACUGCCGCUGCGAGGGCGGGGGCGCCGGAGCGAUCUCCGCGCCUCAGCGCCAGGGCGCCCGACCAGCUCGAAACUGCCCUGGUUGCUAGUGCUGAUCUUGACAGGAAGAUAAUGCAACAGGUCAGCAUGGGGGGGGGAUGAUGGGGGUAAAGAGGAAAAGGACACAGAAUAAGAGCUCCAUCAUAACUGACAGACCUCACUUGAAUCAGAGGGAAUUAUCUUAUCCUCUCUCCAAUUUCAGUGUUUGGGGGAAGGAGAACUAUGCCUAUAUGCAAAAGGAGGACACCAGGAUGAGGACAUCCUGAAUUUGCUCAAAGGACUGUCCUGACAAGGAUCGUGACACCGCUGUUGGCAGGAUGUCAACACUGGCAUUGAUGUGCUUGGGCUGAUAACUCGGGCUGUCUGAAUCACGAGGGAUUAAAGACGUCAAAGUAUUUUGUGUGGGAGGGCAAGCAUCACAAAAACGAAGGUGUGUUGCAGGAGCAGUGUCUGUCAUAAAAUUGUUGUUGUUGUUGAAUACUGUACGACAUCCCAAUUUUCCUCAGAGAAAUGUUGAAAGGUAUACACCAUUUGAAUGGCAAUGCCAGUCAACUUUGGGGGAGGGAGGCCCCCUCAAAUAUUUUCCAAGUGGGGGAAUACUCCUUGGCCCCUAGGAGUUGGCUCCUUUGUUUUCAGGCUAGAAUGUGUCCUUGAACUUCAAUAAAUGCCUCUUGUUUGCUAGGAAAGAGAAGAGCUUGUAUCAAAACUUCAUCACUUUUUAAAAGACAAAAUAAAUGUGCCCAUUCUGAUGCAGGUGGCUUUCCUGCCCAGGUAGUUGCUCUUGCACAGCUGGGGCCCCUGGCAGAAGAGGGAGAUUUCUUUGGAAAUGGCUUUCAGUGUGAGAACACCUAAUCCUUCCCAUUCAACGAUGCCCCGCUCAUCAUCAAGAAAAAGAGUGAGGAGAGUUACACAGUCCUCAGCUGUGCCACGCUUGACCAGCUGCCCACAGAGGAAACUGAAAACUUGGGUGCUGCUUCUUUUUAUAAAUAAAUGAACUAAAUCAAUGAAAAGUGGAGUUGCAUGAGCAGCAAUCAGAUUUGUGCAAUCGCAACUACCUGGGCAGGAUUGGCUCCCAUUGUGUGUCUGCACAGUGCCAACCUCUUUGCUCACCACGCUGUCCUGACAGGGGCAGUGAUACUGCUGUUGGCAGGAUGUUAUCAGUGACAUUGAUGUUCCAUCCCUGAUAAUCUGGGCUCUCUGAAUCAUGAGGGAUGAAAGAGGCCAAAGUGUUUUGUGUGGGAUGGCAAGCACCACAAAAUUGAAACGUGUUGCGUAGGCAACACCUGACGUAAGAGAAUGAUGCUUGCUAAUCUGAAAAUUCAGAGGCUACGGGUAGCCUUAUUUUCUUCUCAACUGAAAGCUGUGUGGGUUGGCCAAGGAUGUUCUCUUGCAUGCGGUAGACUGUUCUUGUACAAAAGCUACUUAGCAAUUGCUAAGACGAAGUCUCUACCUCUGUGCUUCUGAGUUGAAGGGAAAUGACAUUUUGUGGAACCCUGUGGAUGCUGAUAUUAUAUAUGACCAUUUUCAUUCACUCCUUGCUGAUUGCAUGGGGAGUUUGUUAUCGUCUUACCAGGCCCCACCUGCCUCAAGGAAUAAGCGGUCGUGCAAAAUUAAUACUUGUCGAUUUCGUAGUGGGAUAUGGAUUUGCGCUGGGAGCGUUUUUGGAUAAACUGGGCAUUUGCCAUAAGUAUAUCGUCCUCAGGGCUCUAUACGAUGCCUUACCAACAAGGAAGGACUCAAAGUUGAUCAGAAAGGACCUGGUUUUUGAUGGGGUGCCCGUGAGGGUGUACUGGCCCAAGACAUCACCUGCUGGGAACAGGAGAGGAAUCAUCUAUCUUCAUGGAGGCGCUGGACUCAUUGGAAGCAUCCGAGUCUAUGAAAUGGUUUGCUGUUCCAUUGCCCACCAAAGUGAUUCAGUGGUUAUGAGUGUUGGAUUUCGCUUAGCUCCUGAGCAUCCCUAUCCGGUCCCUGUGCUGGACUGUUUAACUGCUGCAAUACACUUUCUGAAGAAUGCCAAGGAAUUUGGAGUGGACCCCAGCCGCAUUGCCAUUGUAGGGGACAGUAGUGGAGGCACAUUUGCUGCAGCCGUUUGCCAAGAACUGGUGACCAGAGAGGACCUCCCAAGACUGCGAGCUCAGGUCCUGAUCUACCCAUUCCUGCAAGCAGUGGACUUCGAUUUGCCAUCUUAUCAGCAAAACCAAUCAGUUCCUCCCUUGUUCAGGAAACGAGUUGUUAAAUUUGGUAUGACAUAUAUCACUGGGAAGGACGUGAACGUGGACAGGGUGAUAAAAGGAGCUCAUCUCCCUCCUGAUUUGCGGGAGAAAUACAAAAAAUGGAUCAGUGCUGAUUACAUUCCAGAAGAAUUUAAGGCUAGGGGUUAUGCCCUUAAAGCUCCUGCCCCAUUUUCAGAAGAACUUUAUGAAAAAAAUAAAAGAGCUCUUGAGGCAAUGUUUUCCCCCCUUCUAGCAGAGGACGACAUAAUCCGCCAGCUCCCAGAGACUUUCAUUCUAACCUGUGAGUAUGAUGUUCUCCGGGAUGACGGGCUGUUGUACAAGAAGCGGCUAGAGGACAAUGGUGUGCCUGUGAUACAUCGUCAUCUUCCAGAUGCAGGCCAUUCUGGACUUAGCAUUUUUGGUUGGGGGCCAGUUGAAUUUCCAAGCUCAAAGGAAUGUAUGCAGCAUGUAGUACAGUUCUUAAAAGUUUUAUAGAAAUGAAUGACCGUCUUUGUCAUUUGCUGAAUCAGAUCACUGGCUCACUUUAUCCAGCAUCCUGUUCUCACAGUGACCAAGCAGAGGCUUCUUGAGAUGCCUGCAAGCAGUACCUACUUCCUACUUCUGAUUCCUAGCAAGCAGUAUUCAGUGGCAUACAACCCACAAUAGUGCAAACAUGCCGUACCUAUAGCCUCCUCCAUGAAUUGACCCAAUCUGUGAUUAGAUGGGCUCAAGAUCUUGGCCAUAAUAUAGAGAUGUCCCAAUGGGAAAACCUUUGGAGGGUUAAUUGGAAGUUUACGUCCUGUUACACUAUAAGGGAAAACCUCCAAAAAGUUUUCUAUCACUGCCACUUGACACCCUGUAAACUUGCUAAGAGGUAAAAAAACAAACAAAACUGCUCUAACAAUUGUUGGAGAUGCGGAGAACCUGGCAGGACUACGUUACAUAUGGCGGUGGGCAUGCAAAGGGAUUAAACCAUUUGGGAAUGACAUCUAUCUCGAACUUACUUUUUUUUAAAAAAGUAAAGCUUUACAAUCAAUAAAGCAGCCGCCUGGGCCGUCCAGGAGCCAGAAUUCGGCCACUGGGCCCUGGCAGCAGCAGCGCUAUUGACGGGGAAAAAUUAGGAACCAAACGGCAGGCGCGAAAACAGGGUGGGGAGGGAUCCACACUCCAAACACAAGCUUCAGAGGGGGUAAAGGAAGAAAUACCCCCCGCACCCCCCAGCCGAGCCCGGACUGUAAAGGUAAAA